AUGACCCAAUACGGCAAAUUUCACGACUUUUGUCGCGACACAGGCAGCUUGCGAUCGACACUGCCAGUGUGUAAUCUCUUCAAUGAAUCCCCAUCACGCGGCGGCGCUGGCUUUGGCGGAUGCGACCUGCAAGGCAUCUCGCUGGGAGGAGGAAGAUAUCUCGCCAACUUGGGCUCCAUAUUGAUCGACGGUCUCGCCAUCCUCAUCGCCCUCUUCCUGAUCUGGAGGUCGAAUAGAAAGCGCGCUGCUGUUGGAAGAAGGGAAAUGCAACUGUUCCUCCUCGGCUUCAUCAUCAUCUCAAUCUGCGAAAUCUUCACCAUCGGCUGGUUCCCCCUUGAUGGCGCCGUGCGACGGGCCUUCUCUGCUGUUCACAUUGCUGCCAUCAUUGCGACCACAUGGAUCCUCCUUAUGAACGCUGCCGUCGGCUAUCAAUUCUUGGACGACGGAACCUUUGUCUCUCUCGCUCUGAUUUUCGGUUCUGCCGCUAUCCUCUUUGUCGGUACUGGCUAUAUUGCGCUCGACACUGGUUUCAGCUGGACUGGAUACUGGGAUGACACGCUGGUAGCUCCCAACCGUGCAUACGCCCUCUACACAUUGUAUCAGCUCGUCCCUCUGGUCUUCCUUAGCAUCUUCUUCGUUCUUGAAGCCUUCAUUGUCGUCAGGGUUCUCGGCGAGGUCAGGCCCAUGCUCUAUCUCGUUGCAGCAAUGCUCCUCUUCGCCAUCGGUCAGGUCUUCCAAUACGUUAUCAGCGUACACCUCUGCAAUGCGACUAAUGGAGCCAUCAACGGAGGACUCUUUGAAUCACUCUUUACCCUCUUAUCCAUCAUCAUGAUCUGGGUCUUUUGGUCAAGCAUCACCGAAGACGACUGGCCUCUUCCCUCGUCGACCGAGACAUCGACCUACAACUAA